UUUCAAGUCCCGUGAGUUUACUUUCAUUUGACAAGACGUGUAAAGUGGUAUAUAAUCCAUAAUUAACUUCUCCCAACAACUAGUCUUAUUAGGAACAAACGACUUAUGAUAGUUAUGACGGACCAACACAACGACUUUUAUCUUAACCUUCAAAAUAACAAAAACUAAAAAUUCAAGGUAGUGAUUAAUAAAAGCCAAAACCUCAUGUAGCAUAAAAGUAAAAUAGGAAAGUUUAGGUACUAAUUUGGGCUUUUUUCAGAACAAGGAUUUUGCAGGUCCAUUUGGACUUUGGAGUCUCUUCAUGUAGUUCCUACUGUCAUUCUGUCUCAAUGAAAGUUGAAAGAAAAAGAAAAAGGUUAACUCAUACCAACAGAGAAGGUAGAGAGAGAGAGAGAGAGAAUAAUUAAGAACCAGGGUCUUUGGGAGCGGGACCCACUUUCUGAAAUCUUUGACAGGAACGGCAGUUUCGUUACAUCUCUCAUUUCUUCCUUGUUCCUCUUCCUCCUCCUCUCUCUUCCCUGUUUUUCCGUCUCAAAUUUACCUUUUCCAACUCCACCAUCACUCUCCCUGUCUCUCUCUCAGAAAUUUUCUUGGAGGCAGAAAGGAGAAGAAAAGCAGAGCAGUAGUGGGAGUGGGAGUGACUUACAACAACCAAACCUUCUCUCCUCUCCUAACCCAUUAAAAAUUGGAGAAAAUAGAGAAAAAAGUAAGAAAGAUGGGAGCUUUGUGUGCUAAUGGUUCCUGGGUGUGAAUUUGUAAGGCCAAAAGUCUUACCUUUCACACUAACAUUUCUUUUACUAGUCUAUCUAAUCCUUACCCAGACCGCGGACGAUGAACCCACCAGUCUCUCUCUCUUGUGUCCAGCGACUACACUGCGGCUAGUCCACUCUAAGGUCUGUGUUCUCACUCACUACUUCGCUAUAAUUUUUUUCACUUUAUUCAUUUUUUCCAUGGUGUGAAUUUGGUCUUCUUCCGUGUGUUUACUUAUCUUGGUAUCUCUCCAACUUGCAGUGAAACCAUUCUGCGGUAACUGGAAUCUGGGGUCCAGAGAAUUUCCAGGGAAGCAACUUUUGAUCAGAAUAGGGUUCUUGUCCCAUUAACUUGGCUUAAGCUGAAUAGGGGUUCUUUAAAAUUUCUUUCUAAGAACUGGAGAUAUUCUGGAAAUUCGAGGGAGUGGGAGCUUCCAUUGUUUUUUGUUGAUAGUGUGAGGGUUUUGGUGGGUGUUUAGAUUAGUUGCCUAUUUUGUCUUUUUUGGGGGAAAUUGGAAUGGAGGAAGUUGAGGAAGCCAACAGGGCAGCUGUAGAGAGCUGCAAUAGGGUUUUGAAUUUGUUAUCCCAGCCCCAAGAUCAAGUCCAGUACAGGAAUUUGAUGGUGGAAACUGGAGAUGCUGUGUUUAAGUUCAAGAAAGUCGUUUCUCUUCUCAAUACUGGUUUAGGUCAUGCUAGGGUCCGGAAAGUCAAGCCAUUCCGCACUGCUGCUUUGUCCAAUAACAACAUUUUCUUGGAUAAUCCAAUUCAUCGAGCAGCAGGUCAGGCGCUGCCGCCUUCCAAAGGUCCCCAGUUUCUACAGACCAGUGGUUACCUUGAAACCCAUCAUCCUAUUCAAGAAAUGGGUUCAACUGCUAAGACAGCCUUGUGCUUGGGAAAUCCUUCUUUGGAGUUGAGCUCAAAUGGGAAAACCCCACUCAAUGUGGCUCAACAACCAGCAUCUGCACAUUAUCACUUCCUUCAGCAGCAGCAACAACAGCAGCUACAAAGGCUGCAACUCCAGCGGCAGCAGCAAAUGAAGCAGCAUGCCGAAAUGAUGUUUAGAAGGAGUAAUAGUGGGAUUAACCUGAAUUUUGAUAGUUCUAGCUGCACGCCUACCAUGUCGUCCACUAGAUCUUUCAUGUCUUCCUUGAGUGUAGAUGGUAGUGUGGCUAACAUGGAAGGUAGUUCAUCAUUCCAUUUGAUCGGUGCACCCCGUUCUUCGGACCAGAGUUCACAGCUGCAGCAUCACAAGAGGAAGUGCUCUGCCAGGGGUGAAGAUGGAAGUGUGAAAUGUGGAAGCAGUGGCAGGUGCCAUUGUUCUAAGAAGAGGAAACAUAGGGUGAAGAGGUCGAUCAAGGUUCCUGCAAUUAGCAACAAGCUUGCAGACAUUCCUCCUGACGACUAUUCAUGGAGAAAGUAUGGGCAGAAGCCAAUCAAGGGUUCUCCUCACCCUAGGGGAUACUACAAGUGCAGCAGCAUGAGAGGUUGUCCAGCGAGAAAACACGUCGAGAGAUGCCUGGAAGAACCAUCGAUGCUCAUUGUUACGUACGAAGGCGAACAUAACCACCCUAGGGUGCCGUCUCAGUCCGCAAAUACGUAGGAGGGAAGGAAUCACGAGGAGCAUAACUUAUCGGAAACGGUUCCCUGUACAUAAUUCGGCUUGGUCCAUGCCUGCCUGGUGAUGAUGUGUGUUUUGGAGCAGCAGGGGAGUUUUCGUGUUUUUGUUUUGUGAGGGGCUGUUGGGAGAACAUGUCUCUCCAGCUACAUUGCGGUCUUUAGAUCCCAAUUCACUGGCCGCAACCUUGGCCCUUAAAGCUAGAAAAUGAAAGUAGAAAGAUCGAUAAUGGGGUCUCAAAAUUGUAAGAAGUCGUUUUUUCUUUCCAUCAUUUGUCAUCUUUGAUUAUCAGGGUUGUUCAAAACAGUUGGCCGCAAUGUUUGAGGGCUUCUUGUGAUAUGCUUGCUAGUGAAAGUAUUUAUUAGUGUUCAUGGAGAUAAAUCCCAGCAACGCCUGGGGAUUUUAUUGCACAAUUAUUGCAGCACAGCACAGCACAGCACAGCAUAGGCCACAUAAUGUGAUAUUAAUAACCAUUAAUAUUUCCCGGUACAAAUUGGAUUGAUGAACCAUAAGGAUGUUUGUCUCUUUGUUUUUUUUUUGUUUGAACUUGUAAAACAGUAAAAGAUACCCUUUAACUUGUACCUUAAAAGGAGGAAGAUGUUGCAGACCAGCAUACUAUUGUUUAAUAUCAAACUCUUUUGUUCCCUUCGAUAAGUUGGCAUUACAACUGAGAUUUCAGAGGUUGAAGUAUAUGGCACUUGAAGCUGAGAUGAAAAUGAUGGACUCCAUAUAUAAAUACAAAAUUCAAUAGUCUAGUAAGUAGUAGAAGUCCAAGUGAAACUUGAAGAAUAUUGGAGAAUUCCUGUGUUCAUGGAUAUAAAUAGCAGCAACGCCAGGGCCCAGAGGAUGUUAUUGCACUAUUUUUGCAGCACAACACAGCUAGCAGUCGCCACAGAAUGUGUACUACUUUUGGUAGUGUUCUAAGAAUGGGAUUCAUUAGCCAUAAGGAAGUUUAUAUUUUGUUUGAAAUACCCUUUAACUAGGGAUGUUCAAAUGGUUACAGUGAUAAUUAUUUUAAUCGAUAAUAUUCUUAUGAUUUGGUUUGGUUAAUUUGGACAAUUGAUUUGAUCUAAUUAAAAUUUUUAGGUUGUUUGGUUUAGUUUGGUUCCAAAUACUGCUAACCAAUCAAACCACCAAUUAAUAAAUUAAAAAAUCAGCCAUAUAUCUUAAUAAUUGCAUAAGUAUUCA